AAGGGGCGGGCCGGCGGCUGCUGGGUCCAGAGUUUUCACACUCUCCGCCGGACCCGUCCCUCCGCCGCCGAGUCCUUACCCUUACUCCGGGCCGUCUCCUGCCCCCUGAGCGGACGCAGGGACUCGAGGCAGGGCGUGAGGGGCGCCAUGAAGGGCCGCCGCCUGACAGGCGCCGCGGCGGAGGGGCUGGCCGGGUGAGGGCCCGCGCGGGCCGAGGCAUGUGGAGCCCCGGCGGGAGCCUGCUCCAGGCACUCCCCCGGCUCCUGCAGCACGCCGCCCUCCGGGGCCGCGCCGAGCUGCCGGCCCGCUGGGCCACGCCGCGGGCGGCGGGCGGGGACGGCGCGGCCGAUCGCCACCCCCGCGGGGGCGGGGCGAGCGCGGCCGCGGCGGCGGCAGCUGCCUCGGGCGCCCUGCUCGGCGCCUAUCUGGAGCGCCACGGCCCGCCUGCGGCCUCGGAGCUGCCGGCGCCGGGCGGGGCUUUGGCGGGCGGCCCCGGCAGCGGCGGCGGCGGCGGCGAGGUGGUCGGCGUGGCGGAGGUGAGAAACUGGCGCUGCUGCUGCCUCGGCAGCACCUGUUGGUGCCGGAGCCUCGUGCUGGUGUGCGUGCUGGCCGCGCUGUGCUUCGCUUCCCUGGCCCUGGUCCGCCGCUACCUGCAGCACCUCCUGCUCUGGGUGGAAAGCCUCGACUCGCUGCUGGGGGUCUUGCUCUUCGUCGUGGGCUUCAUCGUGGUGUCGUUCCCCUGCGGCUGGGGCUACAUCGUGCUCAACGUGGCCGCCGGCUACCUGUACGGCUUAGUGCUGGGCAUGGGACUCAUGGUGGUGGGCGUCCUCAUCGGCACCUUCCUCGCCCAUGUGGUCUGCAAGCGGCUGCUCACCGCCUGGGUGGCCGCCAGGAUCCAGAGCAGCGAGAAGCUGAGCGCCGUGAUUCGCGUGGUGGAAGGAGGAAGCGGCCUGAAGGUGGUGGCGCUGGCCAGACUGACCCCCAUACCUUUCGGGCUUCAGAAUGCAGUGUUCUCGAUUACUGAUCUCUCCUUACCCAACUAUCUGAUGGCAUCUUCGGUUGGACUGCUUCCUACCCAGCUUCUGAAUUCUUACUUGGGUACCACCCUGCGGACAAUGGAAGAUGUCAUUGCAGAACAGAGUGUUAGUGGAUAUUUUGUUUUUUGUUUACAGAUUAUUAUAAGUAUAGGCCUCAUGUUUUAUGUAGUUCAUCGAGCUCAAGUGGAAUUGAAUGCAGCUAUUGUAGCUUGUGAAAUGGAACUGAAAACCUCUCUGGUUAAAGGCAAUCAACCAAAUACCAGUGGCUCUUCAUUCUACAAGAGGACCCUAACAUUUUCUGGAGGUGGAAUCAAUAUUGUAUGACUCUAACAAAACGUAUGAUUGUCAAGAGCUAGUAUGCUGUCCAAGGCCUAGUGGUCACCUUACCAGCGGGCAGAGACAAGUUCUAAUUGUAUUACGGCACAAACAAAACUGACUAGUUUUUAAAUUGCACAAUUUUUUAAAGGAAGAAUCAUUUUCUGGAUAUGUAAGUGUAAAUGUAGAUGCAAAUUUGGGCUGCACCUCUUUAUUGUUUAUUAUGCCCGCAAUGGCCUAUAGGUCUGCACUUUAGUGUCUUUUAAUUGUUUUCUUUCUGGGUACUUAUGAACAAAGAAAUAACCCAAAUAUUUUUCUGCUUAGCGUCUUUAUUUAUAAAGUCCCUGAGUAGUUGUAUGCAUCUUCCCUACUUACAAUGAUGAGUAGAAGUAUGUAAUUUUAAAUGUAUAUUCUUUAGAUGUUCUUUGUCCUUUCCAGAAAAGAUGGUGUUUUGUUCUAUUUUGUUUUGUUAUUUUAAGAGGGACCAUUUUGUUUCCCUUUUCUUUACUAGUUAGAAAACAGACAUUAACUUUUGGUUGAAUGUAUUUUUGCAAGCAUCAUUGCAGGGCCAUUUACACCUAUUCACACAAGCUUAAAUCCUACAUUGUGGGACUGAAGUGCUCUUAAGAUACCUUUUUAUUUUCACUGUGUAAUAUGCAAGGCAAAAGGGAAAUUAUUUAAUGGAUGGUGGCUCAAAUUAGAACUCGUGUUCUAAUUCCAUUACAUUGGCUUUACGCUUGUUAGAUCUUUCAUCAAAGGGCUGUCCCAUUGCAGUCUUACUGAAAAAUUUUAGUAAAAUAGAUUUCUUUUUCUUUUUAUACUCAUCAUUAGGCUUUGAGAUAAAGAUCUACUCUUUUAAAAUGAUGGGCUUUCCAUCAUUAAAGAUGUCACUCAGGUGGCCUUGUUUGAUCAAAUCGCCUUUUUAAAAAACCAAGCUUUAAAAUCAUGUUUAUAAUCCCACUGAAUUACAUAUAUAUUUGUCCCCGUAGUCUUCAGCUUUAAAACUAUAAAUAGAAUAUUGACUUAAUACCCAAAUUUGUAUUAUUUGCCCUACUAUAAAGUAGGUUUAUUUUGUUUGUUUUUUGGUACUUGUUUUCCUCUGACAAGACUCAGGAAUUCUGAAAUGUGAAAUUAAGUCUCAAUUCUUUCUCUUGUAGCAUGAAUUGAGUGUAUUUAUUAAUAGCACUUAGGAGUAUAGCAUACAGUAAUUUGGCAUAUGAUCCAUAUGACAUAUGUAAUAGUCACUUAUCAUCUUAUGUUUUAAAAAUGGUUUAAUUGUGAACUUAAUGAUUAUUUUUUUUACUACCCUGAUUAUAGACAUGAAUGCACAUUUUCUGGUUGGUGUCUUUUUUGGCUAUGAAGAGUCUACCUUAUCAGAGACCUCCCAUUUGCCUUUUCAUCAGAGCAAAACCUUUGCCCUUAUUUACUAAAGUGCAAAAGAGUUCUUUGGGAGCAGGUUAUUUCUAGUCUUAUGCUAGAAAACACAUUGCAUUUAGUCAUUUUAAUGCCUAAGUUUUUUGCCCUAUUGCAGUUUUAAUUGUUUUCCUUUCCUUUAUAAUGCAUAAAUUUUCCCACUUUUGGAUAUCAUUUAUAUGUUCAUACCAAGAAGACCUCAGUGCAAAUGAUCUUAGAGGCACCUAGGUCUAUAGUACUUAAUUGGCCUCCAGUCUUUCUUUCAUUGGUUUUAUAUAUAUAUAU